AAACGAGCUUUGGAUUUUCGGCUUGUCUCUCUCCUCCUUUUCCCUCUCUCUCUCUCUCUCUCUCUCUCUCUCUCCGGAAAGAGAGAAAGCAGCGGUUUUUUUCGCCUCUGGUAUUGCAGAGCCUUUCCGCCCUUUGAUUUCACUAGAAAUUGCGAUGGAAGGAUAGCGACUGGAGCUCGGAAAAGCCCUAAUUUCAGUGUAGCAGAGUAUACACAGAAACGGGAGAGGAAACGCGAAGAACCUAGGGAAUUGCUGUAUUUUCGCUUUGAUUUGAGAAUUAUGGAGUGAAACUGGUUAGCCUCCAGCAGACGUCUAGAUGCUGAAACUUGGGAUCUCGUGCUCAGGGAACAUUCCAUUUUUCAAGGUUGUACCAGUUCUCAGUUGGAGGUGCUUCUUUGACUUUGGUUCUAAAACACCAGCUUCACGGUUUUUUGGAACUUCAAACAAGUUCGCCCAGUAUAGUCAUUGUGUUAGGGUUUCAGCUAUUUCUGGUGACAUCCCAAUGAGUAUUCCGAAUGGCGAUGCAAAUAUACAAUCUGAUCCCAAAAGGACUUUCCAAGUUGUUGUUGCUGCAACUCGAAAUAUGGGUAUCGGGAAGGAUGGAAAAUUGCCUUGGAAGUUGCCUUCUGACCUGAAAAUUUUCAAGGAGGUCACGAUGGCUACAUCUGAUCCUGUUAAAAAGAACGCAGUAAUAAUGGGUAGAAAAACAUGGGAGAGCAUCCCGUUUGAGCAUAAGCCUUUACCUGGUCGUCUGAAUGUUGUGCUUACUCGUUCCGGGAGUUUCGACAUUGCUACGGCAGAGAAUGUUGUUAUGUGUGGAAGCAUUGCUUCAGCAUUGGAGUUGUUAGCAGCAUCUCCUUAUUGUUUGUCAAUAGAAAGAGUUUUUGUUAUAGGUGGCGGCCAGGUAUUAAGGGAGGCUCUCAAUGCACCUGGAUGUGAAGCUGUCCAUUUUACAGAAAUUGAGACAAGCAUUGAAUGCGAUACUUUCAUCCCUCCUAUUGACGAUUCUCUAUUCCGGCCAUGGUAUGCGUCCUUCCCAUUGGUAGAGAACAACAUUAGAUAUUCUUUCGUGACAUAUGCUCGCAUCAGAAGUUCAGCUGUGGAUCCUCCUGCAAUGCACAAUGGGGUGAUUAUAGAUAAUAAUUCAGGCAUUGAGAUUGAGAAGUUCUCCUUUCUGCCAAAGACGAUUUUUGAAAAACAUGAGGAGUAUAUGUAUACAAGGCUGGUGCAAGAUAUAAUUUCACAUGGCACUCAAAAAGAUGACAGGACAGGGACUGGCACACUAUCAAAAUUUGGUUGUCAGAUGCGUUUUAAUCUGCGCAAAUCAUUUCCACUUCUCACAACUAAGGUUUUGCAGGAAAAAGGAAUACAGAUAUGGGAUGGCAAUGCAUCCAGAGACUACCUCAAUAACAUUGGUUUGACUGACAGAGAAGAGGGUGACUUGGGACCCAUAUAUGGGUUUCAGUGGAGACACUUUGGUGCCAGCUAUACUGACAUGCAUGCUGAUUACUCUGGGAAAGGAUUUGAUCAGCUGCUGGAUGUAAUUAACAAGAUAAAGAAUACUCCGGAUGAUCGUCGCAUUGUUCUCUCAGCUUGGAAUCCUUCAGAUCUCAAACUCAUGGCACUUCCACCUUGUCACAUGUUUGCUCAGUUUUAUGUAUCCAAUGGAGAGCUGUCCUGUCAAAUGUACCAGCGGUCUGCGGACAUGGGUCUUGGCGUGCCAUUCAACAUUGCAUCAUAUGCUCUUUUAACAUGCAUGAUCGCUCAUAUUUGUGAUCUUAUUCCAGGCGAUUUUAUCCAUGUUCUUGGAGAUGCUCAUGUUUAUAGAACUCACGUUAGGCCUCUGCAGGAGCAGCUUCAGAAACUCCCCAAACCUUUCCCUGUUUUGAAGAUCAAUCCUGAGAAGAAGGAUAUUGAUUCUUUUGUGGCGGCCGACUUCACGCUCGUGGGUUAUGAUCCUCACCAGAAAAUAGAAAUGAAGAUGGCGAUAUAGACUACGGUGUCUGAGCUCUGUAAAGGAUCUGAAAAUUCCGAGUUCUUUCAUCCCUCUUCUCACUACUGAUCCUAGUUUUUUUAGUAAACAGGUACAGAGGCGUGCGUUGAAAGAGAGUGUAUAUAGAUAAAUAAAAUCUGGUGGAUAUACUCUAUACUUGUUGGUAUAUGUAUCUAGAAACUGGGAUCCUUUAGUUCCAAAAGAUGUUGGUUCUAAGGUGAUUAGGAAUUUCUUUUCAAGCUUUCGUUUUAUUUUAUGCCUUUUGUUACAGAAAAGAUAAAGAUUGCUUAGUGCUGACCUUUUGCGUUUGGGUUCUUUUGUAAAUGACCAAAUGCGUUUUGCUGGAUUUCUAACAAGCAUUUGGAGGGGA